AUGGCGGAAUACAAGUUGUCAUACGAGUCUCAACUGGAUGUUUACCACCCCUCUUAUCGCUACGAAGCCCACGACCCUCGCGAUUGGAAAUCAGCAGCCCUUCGAGGCCCAGCCCUUCCAGCACUGGGGAACGCGACUGCUGGUGCUAUCGGCGCAGCUAUUUCCAAUGUCGUUGUCUACCCCCUCAAUGUUAUUGUAGCCCGUCUACAGACUCAGAAACAAAAAGCCAGCGACGACCAUGAGAAAUCGGACGAGGAAGAAGAGUACACAAGCGUGCUUGAUGCAGCCCGCAAAAUAUAUGCACAGCAAGGAAUAUCCGGGUUCUACCCUGGUUUGGCACAGGAUACUUGGAAGACGGUUGCAGACUCCUUCCUCUUCUUCCUCGCAUACAGCGCCAUACGCCAGAAGAGAAUAGUCGCACGCGUUGGUGCGGAACGAGCAGCCAAGAGCAAGCAUAUCGUUCUCCCUGUACUCGAUGAGCUUGCUGUUGGUAUCCUAGCUGGCUCAUUUGCAAAGCUGUUUACCACGCCACUGUCAAAUAUUGUGGCGCGCAAGCAAACCUCGGCGGCACGCAAAGAGGGAAAUACCAAAGAUCUAUCAACAAGCGACAUCGCAGCCCGGAUUCGCUCUGAAAAGGGUCUUCUUGGGUUCUGGUCUGGAUAUUCGGCUACUUUGAUUCUGACACUCAAUCCUUCCAUCACUUUCUUCCUCAAUGAAUUUCUCAAACGCACCCUCCUCCCCCGGUCCAAGCGCGACAAACCACCGCCAUUCCUCACUUUCUUGCUCGCAGCCCUAAGCAAAGUCGCCGCGUCAUCAAUCACAUACCCCGUUUCCCUUGCCAAAACUCGAGCGCAGGUCAUGAGCAAUUCCAAGUCUGGCUCUCUAGGCUCCGAGAAGACGGCAUCAAGUACCCUUGCAUCUUCACUCACUCCUGAGAUUCUCUCCUCUAUUCUCACAAUAUCACGCACAGAUGGCAUGAAAGGGCUAUACGCAGGUUUGCAAGGUGAAAUCCUGAAGGGUUUCUUUUCUCACGGCUUUACCAUGCUGGCCAAAGAUGCGGUCUAUACCUCUAUCAUCAAGAGUUAUUAUGCCCUUCUCAUGAUUGCGCGUCGCUAUCCUUCGCCCGAAGAACUGAUUGAGCGCGCCCGUGAGCAAGCCGAAGAAUUCUCCGAGGUGGCGCGCGAAGGGGCGCGCGACCUGGCAGAGCGAACUAAAGAAGGUGCCGAGGAGCUACUGAAUGCGACUGCCGGCAAUGUUGCAGUUGAUAUGACAUCAAAUUCUGCCGGUGUAGCUGAUGCAGCGGAGUCUGCAAAAGAUGGAAUUGAUGCUUCCUCUGGACUCAAAAUUCCAGUCCCCUCGGUGCCUGAUGAAGUCAACGAGACGGCCGAGCUGGUAGGGGACUACGUCGAGGACGAAGCGGCCGAAUGGAAGAGCUUUUAUCAUUGGUUCUGGGAAAAAGAUCGAGGCCCGCAUCGGGAUUGA